AGUAGGCGUGUGCACACAAAUGAAAGUUCAUAUCAAUAGAGAUAAAGUUGAGUCCAGCUUUUUACUCCUGAUGUUUAAGUCCACAGUGAAUAUGUUGUGAUCUCUUUCUGUUAUUUAGUUUUUUGUUCUGAGGAAGAAACAACAAUAUGAAUAAGUCACUAGCUGUCUUAAUCUUAGCUGUUCUGCUCUUUAAAGGUGUGGACAGCGUCAGCCUAAAAGAUGAAGAUUAUGAAAUGGCAGACAAACUCUUCACAUUUGGAGCCGAAGCGUUUUUGAAAUACUUGGACAAUUUAAAAGGGGCAGCAGAAGUGGUUGUGGAAAAAAAUAAGAUCAAUAAAACAGGUACUGAUAUGCAAGACUUGUGGAUUUCUGUGAAGGAGAUGAUCGAGAGGAUCAGUGCUGAGCAAAGAGCUGAAGGACACGAUCAGUUCAUUGUGGCACUGCACAUUUUUCACAGACUGGGUUUGCUUUGCGGAGACGGUCUGGUUCAACUGAUAAACACAUUCCCCAGCAACAGUGGGACUCUGCAAGAAAUUGGCAUGUAUAAAGGGAUCUUCAAAAACGAGACAGUGGUGGACCUCUGGAAAUAUGUGGAGUCACGCUACCUUCCAGGAGCUCCACCAAUCUACAGCGAUCCCUUGGGGUUCCUCGCUCACCUUCUGUCCAAAGUGGUGGCACAGCCCCAAGUGGUUGAGAUUCUAAAAGUUACUGCGGAAGUUGGGAAGAUAGACAUCAAUCAACUUUUUGACGAAGUACAAAUGGCUGUGGAUCUGGUCAGAGAGAAGGCCAUGGAAAUUUCCACCUUAGAGAGGCAGAGUGAGAAGGAUGAGUUUCUAAUAACAUUGAGAACUGCAUCUGCAGUUCUUGCAUUUUACUGGGAUAAACUAUUGGAAUACACUGAGAGGCAGCCAUUCCAUGACAAAUAUUUAACUACUGUAAGGAGAUGGAAGGAGCUGAGAGUGUUGAAAGAUAAGGAAAAAUAUCAUAUGAUUACUAGCCCAGAGACAGGACUUCAAGCCUGGACUUGGGCAGAUGAGCGUUUUGGUGACUUUUUUGACAAUGCUGCCCUAGAAUAUGAUCGAUGGGGUAAUGGGAUUUUUGGAGAUGAGAGAUUCAAUCAAUCUAACUGGGCCAUUAUGAAGAUGGCGACAGUAUACCCUUUUCCAAUUUAUGAAAGAUUGUCUGAAAAUGGCCUUGGGAUGUCUGAAGUUAAUGAUUUUUUUAUUGACACUGAAGACACUCUCACUGAAUUAGUAGGCGAGGACAUCUUGUCCAAUUUGAAGGGUGCGCUUUAUGAAAUAUGGAAUAUUAUUAGUAAUGAAAUUUUGCAUGUCUCCAUAAACAAGAAAAACCAAAUGACAUCAAAUGUGGAAUAUGAGGACCCACUGCGACAUUUACGCAAAAUUAAAGCGACAUGCUUUGACAUCUGGGACAGAGUUCUCAUUGAGAUCAACAGAAAUAUUAAUAAUGAUGGACUUGAACAAUCAGCAAGGCACUGGGAUGAAGUGAAGAGCAUUUUCAUGAAAGAGUUAACUGACAGUGGACAGCUAACUCAAAGGAAGCUUGAUGAAGCACAAAAAACCUUUAAUAGUGUCACACAAAUGGUCUUCGACAAAUAUGUAAAAAUGAUUGAUGGUCUGGAGGAAAGGAUCAGCGCUUCCACCGAAACUCUUAGCAAAUUGAUGCUGAAGACUUUUUCUGCCACAAAUGCUGUCCUGGUUAAUACUCUGGCCUUUCUGCUGUCUGAUUAAUUUCUCUCAAGGGUUUUUUGGUGCUUCCUGUCAAUUAUGCUGAAAUCAGGUCUGAUAAACGCUGAGAUGUUGGCCUCAUCAUUUCAUUGUGAGGAUGCAUCUGAUGCUGGUUCCCAAAUGUGUAAACAAGAUAUUUUCUGGUUUGUGUAUACCCCAAAAUGAAACUUUGCUUAAAAUAUACUCACCCUCAGGCCAUCCAUCAUGUAGAUGACUCGAC